AUGACUGUGGGCUCAGCAACAGGCAUUCCCUUUGGGGAGAGUUAUACACAGGUUUUUUCAGAUGAAGAGGUGUCCGUGGACUCCCGGACAGAAAGAGACGAAGAAUUCGUCGAUGCGAAGGACUGGCAGAGUCGACUGGCUUCCAUGGGUACGGAUUGCUCCAGCGGGCCCAUAGAAAAUAGCUACGGUGAUAUAAAGACGGACGACGAUGGCAUUCGGUUACUGCAGUACCGCCUCUUCAAGGAGGAGGAGAAGGUCUGGAUGCUGAGAAAACAACUGGACCAAGAAGAAAUGACCCGCGCUCGGCUACGGCAACAAACGAUCGCUUUGGAAGAUGAGAACGAGCGCUUACAAACCGAGUACGCGACGGUGACUGAUCUGUACGCGGCCAAAGAGGGCCUCUAUCAGACGGCGGAGGUCAAGGUUCGGCAGCUUACGAAAGAGAACGAACAUCUUCUAGCGGGAUUGCACCGGAAAAUCAGCGAGUUGCGGACGCUGGAGUCUCAGAUGCAAGAAACGAUAACUCGACUCGAUGCAAAAAUGAGCGGGAUUAUGGCAGAGGGUAUCGCCGUCGUCUGCAUCCUUGCAAGGAAGUGGAAAACCGAGGAGCUUCGAGCCGAGCUUGAAAACAAGUCCCUAGGCCACCUUCAACUAGCUCGCCUCUCCCUGAUGCAGUGCGGUGGAGACGAAGCAGCUGAUGGCGAUACCGUGGAUCGAACUGCGAAUUCAGGGGAAGAGUUAGACGCCCCAAAAGGUGAUGGCGAGCGAGAUGAAGUCCCUUCUCAGGGACAAGCGGAGUCGCCCUCCACGUCGGAGCAGGGGGGAUCGUCCGUCUGUGUGCCUGACUCUGGCGGAGGAACUGUCAGUGAGAAAGAAAACGAAACCACGUUCCAGUCUCCUACGGAUGCAAACCGAAAGGUAUCCGAGGAAAGUGUGCCUGCCUCGAGUGUUGUGACAGCGGAGGGGAAACAUCCGAAUGCGGCUGCCCAGGACGCUGGCGCGAAAUUCAAACGGUUGCCAGACUGUGGAGCCUCCCCCUUGCCGGUGUCUGUAGACGGAUAUCGCAGGCAGCAAACAGACCUGAGGAAGACUUUACACAGUGGCAGCUUGACAGCAAGGCAUUUGUCAGUUGGGCGGAGGCGUCCGGCCGGCAUCGAAACUGACAAUCGUGCGACAGGCGGGAUCUCCGUUUCCCAAGGAUUCCGUCGCUCCAUCAAGUCAGCUGGAAUGAACGAAGCGUCUGCGGCAGCCGGCAGUCGUCCAGCCUGGGGAAGAGCGCCCGUGCGCCGUGUCAUGUCAGAACACUUUGCCCCGUUGAGUGAGCGACGGAGUGUCAGGGUCUCGGGUCCGACAGCCACAUCGAGGCAGUUUGGCGAUAAGAAACAAGUCAGCAGCAAAGCCUCUCCGAGCUCGAGCGGGACGAACGUUUCUGCUCACACGACGGACAGUUUCCGAGAGAGUGUUGACGGGACACCGCAGAACCGGAACCUGCCAGGUGCAUCAGGUGGUUCUGUGUGCCCACGUGGUACUGAAAGAGCUCCGGUUCCAGGAGACAAAAUUGCCUCGAAUAGAGAGAAAAGUCUCAAGUUGGCCGCGGCCUCUAGCUCUAAGGGACACUCCGCGCCUGGGUCCGUAACUGGCUCUAGAACUGCCAGAACUGUGACGGCACAUCAAUCCUCGACUGGGCCUGGGCGCGUAUCAGUAGGAACAGGACUACGGGCUCCAAUUUCACAUCGAGAGCGUAACUCUUCCGACGGAGGCGGGAGUGUUGCGGCACGGCCAAGCUCUCAGGCGUCGUCAGGAUCUGUGGUUCCGUCUGCCAGCAAGAUGGUUCCAGCCGACAAGAGGACGCCGUCGGAGACGAUCCGCAAAGAGGCAGCAACUUCCAGCGACACAACAGAUCUACCCCCUGCCUCGACAGGCGCAUGCCGCUCGGACAAAGCAGAGACUCGGAUCUCAACGGACGUCGCCACAAGCAGUGCUGCUGCCCCACGAGAUUGCGGAUUCGCUGACGCGGUGUCGCAGGCACUCCCGGAUCAACGUGUGGCCGCGUAUUCAGGAACUUCUGUCGAUAGUUGUUCGAACGAGGCACCCGUUUCACUGGCGAAGGCUCGUCCGGUGCCUACGCCCUGCAGUAGCUCAGCUUCACUCGUCAACGCCGCAGCUCUUCCCACUCUGCACUCAGCUGUCCAAGGGGCAGUCAGCGACAGGCUCUUGUCUGAAAACCGAAGUGACGACACGACCAGUAGACCCAUCGAUAUUGUCAGCUGCGUUUCUGUGGGAAGCGCGGAUUCCCGGGGUGUCCCCGCCACCAAGGGCGGUGCUCAGUCGGAAGGUGUGGUUCGGAAGACAGCGCCCAAGCUGCCUCCUGUGCAGCCGUCACGUCCCUCUUUCCAUCAUGCGUCUAGGAUCAGUUUUGACUCCCGUCCCCGCAAAACCGGCGAUCCGGCUGACACCCGCCGGAGGCCUUUACCUGCACCAGGAAGCGAAACUUCGGCUGCUGCCGCAUGUACUGCACAGGGGCAAACCGAAAUGGGUUGCAACACUUCCGCCAGUGCAUCCGACGGUAAAGCGUGCAGCCCUGCAAGCGAGUCGCUGUUGCGCACUGUUGCGUGCUCCCCACCUUCCCGUGAGAGUGCCAAGGAAGACGGCAUCCGACGCCCGACAGAAACGCAACGAGAAGCGACCAGUCAGGUGCCACAGUUCAUCAGUCCUUCUCAGCCGUCCUCGGCGGCACUGGUGGAAGAAUGCCAGGCGCGUCGCGCGGAUAUUCGGCCUCUGUCAUCGCCUUCUACUCUGCAAGUUCCUGCUGGAGUUGCGACCACGGGGCCGACCCUCAACCUGGAAGGGACACCACACACUGUCCCAGGUAACCCCCCCAGCUGCGCGCAAGAGGAAGCGGUGGAUACCGGAGUUCACCUCAGCGAAGAAGAGAGUGAGGCACCGAAGAAGAGGUCAAAGUCUGUGGUACGGAAGAGGCUGCCAAGUCGGACAGCACGGGGGACGACGCAUGCAGUGAACCCUAAGAAGAAAACACCCCUCAAGGAUAUGAGGAAUAACAUGGAGGACGGGAGUGAGGUAGAGGGUAUGCAGGGAGACACGGUAGCGACCGAGCAACUGUCUGCUGCCCCGGUCUCCGCUGCUGUUUUGGUCCCCGCGGAGCGUCGCCUUGUUGAGGGUGGAGAAGCACGGGCGGUAACAGAAUCGCGACCAGCUGACGCAGCCCAGUUACCCACACCUGGAGGCGGCGCUGCCCCAGAGGAAAACAUGGGACUAGACGCGUACCGAGGCCCAGCACAAGGCAUUUCAUCACGUGCUCCUGUUGAAGCGGGAUUGAGAGUCGGACCCAAAGACGACCGUGGAGUGAAGGCGGAGAACCCUUUUCUUCACGGCACUAAUGCAGCGGCUGCCGCUUGCAUGUAUGCUGCGCCGGUUCCCAUGAACGCUUCAGCUGUGCCGGAGAGGGAACGCUCCACAGGAUCGGCGAAAAACGCCCCAGACAUUUCCAGAAUGACACCACCGAACGACGCGUCAGGGGCCCUGACAUAUCCAGUGUCUUCUCUCGGCGUCUCAGCGCCUGUGCCGGCCGGCCUGGGCGCGGCUAGAGGUCUCCCAGCGCUCAACAUUGGUACUUGCGAAAGACCAAUGAAUGUGGUUGCAAAUGGAAACAGCGUGCACGCCGCUGCUGCACUCCCCGCAGCAGGCGGGGCACUCCUCAGAGGGAGCACAGGCCUGAUGCAUGUUCGCAGGGUGGAGAUGGAGGGUCCGGUCAUCAGUGGUGGCGAGCGAGCGUCGUUGCCAGUUUUUCCGCCGACUUCACAAGCGCGACCAGCCGGAAACAACGGCCAGUUGAGUUGGUCUGUUGGAACCAAUGUGAGCUGUCCGCCGGCACACAAACCCCUGUACACGCGGUUCACCAUAUCUGGGCCUGAUGCAGUCGAACAGGCCUAUGCAAAGCCUUCCGUGGUCACGCGACCGCGUUCAGGGAGCGUGGAUGAGGGCAAGGUUGCACAUCCUUCGGCCGCUCGUUUGGAUGUCUUGCCUGCCGGUUGGAUGCGUUCUGUUCCAGCCAACGCGGACGCAUCUGCUAAUCAGGCGCAACCCCGAAACCGAGAUGGAGGGAGCGAUUCGAGAGUUCAUGCGCCGCUCCCCCAGGUGCAUGCCGUGGGUGAACGCCCUCGUGUUCCGACUCACACAUUCACGUUUACGCCGACUGUAGACAGGGGAGCACAACCAGGAGGUGGGAUACGGAUAACGGAACGGCAGGAUGGGCAGGGGAGACAGGUGACGGGAGCAGCAGGCGGCACCACGUACAAGCAGGGCUCUGCGCCUUCUGGAUUCAUUCAGUAUGGCAGCCAGCAGCACGCGCUGCUACACGCUUUUCAUGGACAGACACCCCAAGCUCCGUGCGUCCAGAAGCAGUCGUCUGUGCAGAUGCCGAACCAGAGAGCGCCCCCGGUCCAUACUUACCGUGCAGCGCCGCUUGACCGGGCCCCAACAAACUUUGUCACACCUCAGGGGUACGCGAUUCCGCAGCAGCAACCCCAGCCGUUCAUGCCUUUCCCUCAGCAAGCCAGAAGUCAAGACCCCGCUGCUCACUGGGCGCUGUUCCAGAUGCAGCAGCUUCAACGCAAGUCCUGGCGCCCAAUGCAGUGUCCCCCAGUACACUACGACAACCGUUUUCCCCUCCUCACGCAAGUUCACGGGCACUGUAUGCAACCCGCUGCUCCGUCAAGCCAUGGCAUUUCCGGUCCUCCAGCAGGGCUGAACUGA